AUGAAGAGUAAUGCAAUAAUGCCAAUAGAAUUGAUUGAAUUUACUCCAAUGACAAGAUCAAGUGAAAAGAAAACUAAUGAUAGAGAAAAAUCAAUUCUAAAAAUGAAACAUAAUUUAAUUGAACGUAAAAAACUUCAUUUUCGAUGUCGUCGUGUAAAUGAUAUGAUGUGUAUUUUUGGUCUAUCUGGUCUUAUAUUAAUGAUAAUCGAUACAGAAUUUCGACUUACACAAAUCUCAAGAACGGAUAUAAAUAUGAUUCGUCCUUUAAUUAGUAUUUCUUCAGGAAUUCUUAUCGUACUUGUUUUUUAUUAUCAUAUUCUUAAUGCUCGUCUCUAUGCUAUAAAUAAUCAUAUCAUUGAUUGGCGUAUAACUUUAAGAAUUCGUGGUCUUGUUAUGAUGAUUUGUGAAGUAAUUGUAUGUAGUAUCCAUCCAUUUCCAUAUAGUUUUAAAUUUUUAUUAUCACAUAAUAUUCUAUGGCUUGAAAUGAUGCUUACUCUACCAAUGUUCGGUCGUCUUUAUUUGAUUGCUCGUAGCGUGACAUUACAUUCUCCAUUAGUCAAUGCUGCUUCAUCUCGUACAAUUGGAUAUCUUAAUCGAGUACCAAUUACAAUUUCAUUUAUUCUUCGAGCUUUUCUUCAAACAUAUCCUGUGGCAUCUUGGUCAUCUAUGUUGAUGAUAAUUUUGUUUAUAGCCAGUUGGUCAAUGCAUGCAUGUGAAAAAGGAAUGUGGAUGCCUAUUAAUUCUGUAUCCUCUCGAGCAAAUGCAUCUACAUCAACAUUUAUCAAUGCUACAUGGCUGACUAUUGUUACAUUUACUACUGUCGGAUAUGGUGAUAUAGUUCCUCAAACAUAUUGUGGUCGAGGUGUUUCAGUAUUUACAGCUCUAUUCGGUGUUUUUGCUUCAGCUGUUUUAAUUGCAGUAUUCAUAAGUAAAAUUUCAUUGAGUCGAUCCGAACAAAUGGUUCUUGAUUUUGUUAGUCGUAUCAAUCAAGCUCGAGAAUAUAAAAUAAAAACGAUGCAAAUUAUUCAAUAUUCAGUUCGAGCAUGGUUUUUAAAACGACGAGAUCCUCAAUAUCGAGCAUCAUUUAAUUUACUCUCUCGAUUACAUACAGCUAUUCGACAGGCAAAAGUUAUCAAACAACAACAACGAAAUGCAAUUAGUGAAAAUGAAUCUCUUAUGACUGUUCUUACUAAUGUUUAUUAUGAACAGAAAACGAAUGAAAAGAAUUUUCAUAAACUUAAUCAACAUUGUGAUUUAAUUGAAGAUCGAAUUAAUAGAAUAGAAACAAAACUAGAUACUUUACUUACUAUUUUUACUCAAAAUAUUCCUACUAGUCAACAUAGUUGGUUAUAA